CACACCGCGUCCAACACGACCACCAGGCCAGACAAGUCCAACAGCUAAUACCUACUUAAUCACGUCUCCACCACACUCCUCUACUGCCAAAAUGAAGACCACCACCUUUGCCGCCGCCGCCCUCUUCGCGGCCAGCUCCGCCUCGGCUGCCACCAGCACCUGCCCCGGCAUCAACAUCCUCGAGGCCUGUCUCGAGACCACCCAGGGCUACCUCUCCCUCUGCACCAACCAGGGCGACUGGCAGUGCCUCUGUGACAAGUGGACCGCCAUUGUCAGCUGCUUUGACAACUGCCCUACCGACUCUCGCGCCUCCAGCUUUGGCAACAACAAGCAGCUCUACUGCCUGAACGCCAGCCUCUACGCCACCACCACCUCCGUCGCCGUGCCCACCGGCACUCAGUCCUCCGGCUCAAACGCCGCCCAGACCACCUCGGCCUCCGGAGUGCAGCAGACCUCGGCCUCGGCCUCGACCAGCUCCACCGUCCCCAGCCCUACCGGCGCCCCCGGCGCUGCUGCCAACCUCGCCGUUAGUGCGGGUGGUAUCCUGGCUGCCGUUGCUGCUGUUGUCGCCGCUGUGUUGUAGAGUAUCGGCCAUGGGUUUUCUAUUGCCUUAAAGAGCGAUGUUUUCUAUUGGUCGAGCGCGUUGCGUAUUGAUUCGCUAAUGAGUGAUGGC